GCAGCUUUCCACAGGAGAAAGACCAUUUUUCAGAUAUCUGCAACACAUUUCGAUCGAAGAAAGUGUAGCUCUUGAAAAUCAUAUUUAGUCUUGUAUACUGCUGCACCAGAAAAAGAAGAGAAGAGAUACCUUGAUCGCUUUGGCUUGGCCUAUUUGGCAAAAUGGCUGACCAAGGAGACGGUAGGCACAACGGUGAAAAUCGCCCACCAAUCGAAUUCAAUUUCAGACAGGAUGAGGAAGCAGCCGGUGACCGCCUAGAUAGUUUUGUUCAGUUGCUGAACCUUGUCAUUGAUAGAAAUGGUUUUGACGGCAUUGCGUGGAUUUUAUGGCUGUUCGGAGUUCUUCCCAACAUCAAUGAAAACCAUGACAACAACGAAAACCAUGACAACAACGAAAACCAUGACAACAACGAAAACCAUAACAACGUGGAGGACCUCGCCAAUGACAAUGUGAAUGACAACGUUGACUUUGACAACAUUGACAACGAUGACGACAAUAACGAAAAUGCAGCAGACGCUGAUGCUGUUGCCAUUGCCGAGGUUGCUGUUGGAGUCGGUCAGGAUGUAGAAGAGCGUGACCCCCUGCUUAGACGAUCACUGAAGAGGUCCAGAGAGGAGGAUGAAGAGGACGACGAACAGAGAAGCAGGAAACGAUUCAGAUGGUGCAACGAGGAUGACUGCUCAUCAGACAUCUACGCUGGCAGCAUUUGCAGUGACCCUAACAACACUCACAGGAAUACUGAGAAUACGGCUGUCGAACACGCAGGUGCUAGUGCUGAGUGUGCAGAGGAAGACCCUCUGCCUGGUCCAUCCACGAAAUGGCCAAGAGAGCAUGACCAAGGAGAAAAUCAGUCUAGCAGCAGCAGAAAAUUAAGACAGUGUCAUGCGUUUGAAGACAGCGACUCUGAUACAGAUAUGGACAAAACCGGACACAAUCUUGCUCAGACUAGUUCUGAUAUUGAUCUGUCUGAAGAUGAGGGUGCUGUGGAAGAUACUGACAAGGAAGAUAGCCAGCAGGUGGAGGAGGAAGAGCCACAGCCCAGUUGCUCUGGAAAGAGGCCUUGGAAAAGGGAUGACAGAGAGAGAGGGAGAGGCAGCAAAAGAUGUAGACGUUAAAGAGAGACACCAUCAGUGAAGACUUAUUUAGAAGAUUUACGUUAGGUUAGGGCUGUUGCCCCACAGCAGGAAGGACCGGGCAGGGCCUCUCUGUGCACGAUCUCCCCAGUCUGUCGUGGGUUCUCUCCGGGUGCUCCGGCUUCCUCCCACAAUCAGAGACAUUGCGUGGUAAAUCUAAAAAGUCUAUUUCUUGAAAAUUAUAUUUAGCUUCAUGUACUACCACAAGGGCAGCACAGCGGCACAGUGUCUAGAGCUGUUGCCCCACAGCAAAAAGGACCGGGCAGGGCCUUUCUGUGCGAAGUUGUAGCUGAACCAUGACUCUCUCCCAUCUUCAAAUAAAGAAUAAAAACUCACUUAUUCAGAACUGCACACCCCA